GAUGGCUUCACUUCCUAUAUUAACAUGCUGGUCCUACACGGAACUAGCGGAGAUGAGGCGAUUCCAUCAGUGUCGUGUCCUUAGGAGGAUGCGAUUUUUAUUGCAGCAUCACCCUAGUGUUCCGCGUAUACCUCCCCUUAUCAAUUCUUUAAAAUAAGCAGCUUUAUUUCACGUUCGUUAUUGUUAUGAGCAGCCCUAAAGUUUUUCAAAAAGUCGACGAGUUUCGUAACUGGCGAAACGAGUUGUAUAAACAUGGAAAAGUCAUUGGAUUUGUUCCUACGAUGGGAGCGUUGCACGAUGGCCACAUGUCGCUCAUUGAGCAGGCUAUGAAAGACUCUGAUGUCGUUGUUGUUAGUAUUUUUGUGAACCCUUCUCAGUUUGGACCGACUGAGGAUUUAGACAAGUAUCCUCGUACUCUUGAUUCCGACUUAGAGAAAAUUCGUGAGCUCCAAAAACGCACGAAUCGCGCAGUAGAUGCAGUGUUGUGUCCCACCGUAACGGAGAUGUAUCCUUCCGGAUACAAUCCUGCUUCUACUACACACACGGGAGCAUUCGUAACGGUUAAAGGAUUUUCGCAUCAGCUUGAAGGACAAUUCCGUCCUACAUUCUUCCGCGGUGUCGCAACUGUUGUUACAAAAUUGCUCCACAUCGUGCAUCCAGCCAAGUUGUAUCUUGGCCAGAAGGAUUUCCAACAAACGGUUGUCCUUCGUCGCAUGGUUAAAGACUUAUUGAUGGACACUCAAGUAAUCAUCUGCCCUAUCGUCCGCGAACAAGAUGGUUUGGCAUUGAGUAGUCGUAAUGUCUAUUUGAGCGAGAAGGAACGUACAGAGGCCACUGCUUUGUACCGUUCACUCACUUCGGCCAAGGCUCUUGUUAAACCUGGAACCAAAAGGGCAACCAUAAUUCAGCAUGUAGAGGACUUUUUGAAGAAGGAGCUUCCUGCAUGUACUAUUGAUUAUGUUUCCGUUGCCAAUAUCGACAAUUUGCAUGAGUUGGACGCUUAUCAAGAGCCUGGAAAGUAUGUACUCAAUGCCGUCAUUCGUUUGGGAACAACUCGUUUGUUGGACAACAUCAUACUCUAGAUUACUGAAAACCGGUCAGCGUGCUUCAUUAUCGUUUUGAUAGUGAGUUCUUGGGAUAACUGCUCAGCAUCGCAUCGUAGUUUAACUUUUUGAUACCUAAUGAAAAAACAUUAUGAUUAAGUCUAGACAACAAUAGUACAAGUAAUAUUUCUACAAGCUGUACAAACUUUCACAGGGGAGGUGCCUUAUUGAAUCUUACUAGCCUGCCCUUUCGAUAGAAAAUAGUACAAUUUGAGAAAAAAAGGAGAGGAAGAGAAACGUUUCGUCUUACUGCUUUUCCUUUUUACCGUAAAGCUUGUUAAC